AUGCACAAGGCCUUGGAGAUGAGGGCGUCGCAGGUUGUAGGGUCGACACAUGGGCGUGGAUGCAAGGCCUUGCGCAAGCCGGGAGGAGGGAUAAUCAGACUUCGGGAUGGCGGAGGUCCUGCUGGCGGCGGCGGCUUGCAUGCUCUGGCUUUUGUGGCGUGCCGGGAGGUGGGCAGGCGACGUCGGGUUGACGGAAGUCCUGGGGGCAGCCGCCUGCAGGGGGCAUCUACAGGCAGAGGUUUUGUGAGUGGAGGCCUACAGGCUGUGCCGACUAUGGUUAUUGCCGGCAACGUCAGGAUGGCGGAUAUCCAUUGCCCAUUUAGUGUCAAGAAGGGAACAGACCACAUCCCUGAAAACUUUAUUACACCUAACAUCCCUGCUACUUGGGGGGCAAUGGAAAAGUUACAUGAUGCUGGCAAAGUUCGCGCGAUUGGUGUGAGUAACUUCUCAUCAAAGAAGUUGGGUGACUUGCUUUCUGUAGCUCGUGUACCUCCUGCUGUUAAUCAGGUGGAAUGUCAUCCUGGUUGGCAGCAAACUAAGCUCCACAACUUUUGUCAGUCAACUGGAGUUCAUCUUAGUGCUUGCUCACCACUAGGUUCACCUGGUACUACUUGGAUGAAUGGUAAUGUCCUCAAAGAACCAAUAAUCAUCUCAAUAGCUGAGAAACUCGGAAAGACAAUUGGACAGGUGGCUCUGCUCUGGAACAUUCAGAUGGGUCACAGUGUACUACCAAAGAGCACAAAUCAAGAAAGGAUAAAGAAAAACCUGGAUGUUUACGAUUGGACAAUUCAAGAUGAUUGGACAAUUCAAGAGAUUAAGCAGGUAGCCUUAGCUAUACUUUAA